AUGACCCAGCUCUCCAUCACCACCUACUCAAGCAACAGGGACUCAGACUCGAACGCUACUGACACAGACUUGAACUCGAACACUAGUGACACGGGCUUGGACUCGAACACUACUGACUCGGACUUGGACUUGGACUCGGACUCGAGCAGGGGAGACUUGGGAGACUCGACUUGGACUCGAGUUAUCAAACAAACGAAAACCAGUUUGUUACUCAAAAUGUCUGCCAAUUCCUCAUACAGAAGACUGUUUGGUGGUGAGAGGAUUAUGAAUAGGUCUAGCUAUUCGACUCGCCAGUUCUCCAGCCCAGUUCGCCCCCGGAUUUCUUUCGGUGUGUCCUCCGCUCCGACCAUCUACGCAACUAAGAGCUCCAAAACCCGAAGUAGCGCACCUUUGCCGCGCCUGGCGUCAGAGAGCCUGGACUUCUCCCUGUCUGAUGCUAUCAACACCGAGUUCAAGGUUAAUCGCACUAAUGAAAAGGUUCAAAUGCAAUCCCUGAACGACCGCUUUGCAAGCUACAUUGAGAAAGUGCGUUUCCUGGAGCAGCAGAAUAAGAUCCUUCAUGCGGAACUUGAGCAGUUAAGGGGGAAAGGCACGUCCCGCAUUGGGGACCUGUACGAGGAAGAGAUGCGGGAGCUGCGAAGACAAGUGGACCAACUAACUACGGAGAAAGCCCGCGUGGAGGUAAACCGGGACAAUCUGAUGGAGGACAUCGAACGCAUCAGAGAGAAACUUCAAGAGGAGAUUGGCCAUCGGGAGGAAGCUGAGAAUACUAUGCAGAGCUUCAGACAGGAUGUGGACAAUGCAUCUCUCGCUCGAGUGGACUUGGAGCGCAAGGUGGAAUCUCUGCAGGAGGAGAUUGCCUUCCUGAAAAAACUGCAUGAUGAGGAGAUGGCUGAACUGCAGGCUCAGAUUCAGGAGCAGCACGUGCAGGUGGAUAUGGACGUGGCUAAGCCUGACCUGACCGCUGCCCUGAGGGAUGUUCGACAGCAGUAUGAGACCCUGGCCACAAAGAACAUUCAGGAGUCAGAGGAGUGGUACAAGUCUAAGUUUGCUGAUCUGACUGAGGCUGCUGCCAGGAAUACUGAGGCUCUGCGUGUGGCUAAGCAGGAAGCUAAUGAGUACCGCCGUCAGGUACAGGCUCUGACUUGUGAGGUGGAUGCCCUCAAGGGGACAAACGAGUCACUGGAGCGACAGAUGAGAGAGAUGGAGGAAAACUUUGGCAUGGAGUCCUCAGGUUACCAGGACACCAUCUCUCGUCUGGAGGAUGAUAUCCGUAACAUGAAGGAUGAGAUGGCACGUCACUUGCGUGAGUAUCAGGAUCUGCUCAAUGUCAAGAUGGCCCUGGACAUUGAGAUUGCUACCUACAGGAAACUGCUGGAGGGCGAAGAGAGCAGAAUUUCAACUCCUCUGCCAAACUUCUCAUCCCUCAGUCUGAGAGAAACCAUGCUGGAGCCUAGACCAGUGACUGAAUCUACAACAACUAAGAAGGUGCUCAUCAAGACGAUUGAAACCAGAGAUGGUCAGGUGAUCAAUGAGUCUACUCAGAACCACGAGGAUCUGGAGUGA